ACAAGAAAAUAAACAUUGUCAAAAUUGACGUUGGCGCCAUUAUUCAAACGGUUGACAGCAGCGCCGCGCAAAGGAAGUGACUUCGACGCUGAGCUACAUUCGUUCUUUCACUCAUCCAAAAUGUCUAAGAGAGGACGUGGUGGUUCUGCGGGAGCCAAAUUCAGGAUCUCCCUUGCUCUUCCAGUCGGGGCUGUCAUCAACUGUGCAGACAACACCGGAGCAAAAAAUUUGUAUGUAAUCGCUGUACAAGGUAUCGGCGGCAGAUUGAACCGUCUGCCCGCCGCCGGAUCCGGUGACAUGAUCGUCGCCACUGUCAAGAAGGGUAAACCAGAACUCCGUAAAAAGGUAAUGCCUGCAGUGGUGAUCAGGCAACGCAAGCCGUUCCGCAGGAAGGAUGGUGUCUUCAUCUAUUUUGAAGACAACGCCGGCGUUAUUGUCAACAACAAAGGCGAAAUGAAGGGUUCUGCCAUCACGGGGCCCGUAGCCAAGGAGUGUGCUGACUUGUGGCCCAGGAUUGCCUCCAACGCGAGCAGUAUAGCUUGAGCACUUCGUGGUUAUUUAAUAUAAAAAAUUUAAAAAUAAGAAUAAACUAUUCUUUACA